UUAUAGUUUUAAAGUGUCUUUCGUGUUCUCGGGUCAUGACAGAGCUGUUUUGUGUGGUUAGGAAGCGUGCUUGGAUUUUACUGGUGUUUUGUCACUGAGGGGAGGAGGAUGUAAAAAAAAAAAAAAACAAUACCAUCCGCCAUCUUUUUGGACGUGACUUGGGAGUGGGGAGUUAACGUUAACGUUAGCUUUAGAGCUAUUAGGAUCCACUGGGUUUUUUUUUUUUUUUUUUUAUAUAUAUCUAUAUAUAUUAGUGUUAUAUUAUCUUAAGCAGUCAUCACGCAGGUCAACACACUAACGUUUACGGACACUGUUAGUUAGACGACUUGGCAGCGAGACGAGGAUUAAUGAUGGCACUGAAGGAAUAACAAACCCGUCCACGGUUGUGUCAAAUCUGUGCUUCGGUCCUCUGUGGCUUCACAGGCCGGUUGUUUGCUGCCUGCUCUUCCCAGGAUAACUGCGUCUGAAGCUAGCCGAGUUAGCAAACCGAGCUAACACAACAAUUUCCCUCACCGAAUCCUGUUUUUCUGUCAAAACUGGCCUGUCUGACGGGUCCCUAUGCACACGCUGCCAUCCUCUGGCAGAUGAGUCAUCAUCGAGGGCUUGCGCGUCGCAGUCGCACCGCCAGAUAGUCCCCUGCGAGCGCAGCAUGCCCUCCACCAGCAGGGCAGGGAACCUCAAGGACCCCGAGAUCGCAGAGCUGUUCUUUAAAGAAGACCCUGAGAAGCUCUUCAUCGACCUGCGUGAGAUCGGACAUGGCAGCUUCGGAGCCGUAUAUUUUGCACGUGAUGUGCGGACCGCAGAGGUGGUGGCCAUUAAAAAGAUGUCCUACAGCGGAAAGCAAUCCAAUGAGAAAUGGCAGGAUAUCAUUAAAGAAGUAAAAUUCCUCCAGAGAAUACAGCAUCCGAACAGCAUCGAGUAUAAAGGAUGCUACCUCCGAGAACACACAGCAUGGCUUGUGAUGGAGUACUGUUUGGGUUCAGCUUCCGACCUCCUCGAAGUUCACAAAAAGCCCCUUCAGGAAAUCGAGAUCGCAGCUAUCACCCACGGUGCUUUGCAGGGGCUCGCCUACCUUCACUCUCAUAACAUGAUUCACAGGGAUAUCAAAGCUGGGAACAUCCUGCUGACUGAACCCGGCCAGGUCAAACUGGCAGAUUUCGGUUCUGCCUCCAUCGCUUCUCCGGCCAAUUCCUUUGUUGGGACGCCAUAUUGGAUGGCUCCAGAGGUGAUCCUGGCUAUGGAUGAGGGGCAGUAUGACGGGAAAGUAGACAUCUGGUCCCUCGGGAUCACCUGUAUAGAACUAGCUGAAAGGAAGCCUCCUCUGUUCAAUAUGAAUGCAAUGAGUGCCUUAUACCAUAUAGCGCAGAAUGAGAGCCCAGCACUGCAGUCUAUAGAAUGGACGGAUUACUUUAGAAAUUUUGUCGAUUCUUGCCUUCAGAAAAUCCCCCAAGAUAGACCCCAAUCAGAGGACCUGCUACAGCAUGCGUUUGUUAAACGAGAGAGACCAGAAACUGUCCUGAUCGACCUGAUCAUGCGAACCAAGGACGCAGUCCGUGAGCUGGAUAACUUGCAAUACCGCAAGAUGAAGAAGAUCCUCUUUCAGGAGGCCCAUAAUGGGCCAGCUACUGAAGCCCCGGAGGGAGAAGAGGAGCCUGAGCAUGGGGCUGGGCGUACAGGCACAGUGAACAGUGUAGGAAGUAACCAGUCCAUCCCCAGCAUGUCCAUCAGUGCCAGCUCUCAGAGCAGCUCUGUCAACAGCCUUCCUGAUGCUGCAGAUGAUAAGAGUGAACUGGACUUGAUGGAAGGAGACCACACCGUCAUGUCCAACAGCUCUGUUAUACACCUCAAACCUGAAGAGGAAGAGGUUUAUCGAGAUGACCCGGAGGCACGCAGUCAUCCCUCCGAGCCCCAGGCUGCUCCAGCACAGCCACCCCCACGCAAAUACCACCGUAACCGCGAGCACUUUGCCACCAUCCGUACAGCCUCACUGGUAACAAGGCAGAUGCAAGAACACGAACAGGAUUCAGAGCUGAGAGAGCAGAUGUCUGGCUAUAAGCGCAUGAGAAGGCAGCACCAGAAGCACUUGAUGGCUCUGGAGAACAAGCUUAAGGCUGAGAUGGAUGAGCACAGACUGAAGCUGGACAAGGAGCUGGAGACUCAGCGGAAUAGUUUCGCAGCCGAGAUCGAGAAACUGGUCAAAAAGCACCAAGCAGCCAUGGAGAAAGAUGCCAAGUCAUUCGCCAACGAUGAGAAGAAGUUCCAACAGCACAUUCAGGCCCAGCAAAAGAAAGAGCUAAGCAGCUUUCUCGAAUCUCAGAAACGAGAGUAUAAACUACGCAAGGAGCAACUGAAAGAGGAACUGAACGAGAACCAGUCCACACCCAAGAAGGAGAAGCAAGAAUGGUUGUUCAAGCAGAAGGAGAACAUCCAGCACUUUCAGGCCGAGGAAGAAGCCAAUCUACUCCGCCGACAGCGGCAGUACCUAGAGCUCGAGUGCCGGCGCUUCAAACGCCGCAUCCUCUUCGCCAAACACAACGUAGAGAAGGACCUCGUGCGAGAGGAGUUGAAUAAACGUCAGACCCAGAAGGACCUGGAACAUGCUAUGCUGCUGCGCCACCACGAGUCCAUGCAGGAGCUGGAGGUGAGGCAGUUGGGCACCAUCCACAAAAUGAGGACCGAGCUCAUCCGCCUGCAGCACCAGACCGAGCUCACUAACCAGCUGGAAUACAACAAACGCAGAGAGAGAGAACUGCGUCGCAAGCACGUCAUGGAGGUCCGGCAGCAGCCCAAGAGCCUAAAGUCCAAAGAGCUACAGAUCAAGAAGCAGUUUCAGGACACCUGUAAGAUCCAGACGCGGCAGUACAAGGCCCUGCGAAACCACCUGCUCGAGACUACGCCCAAGUCAGACCACAAGGCUGUGCUGAAGAGACUCAAGGAGGAGCAAACGAGAAAACUGGCCAUUCUCGCUGAGCAAUAUGAUCAUUCCAUCAAUGACAUGCUCUCCACUCAGGCUUUACGACUGGAUGAAGCCCAGGAGGCAGAGUGUCAGGUGCUGAAGAUGCAGCUUCAGCAGGAGCUGGAACUGCUGAACGCAUAUCAGAGUAAAAUCAAGAUGCAGACCGACGCGCAGCAUGAUCGUGAGAGGAAAGAGCUAGAACAGAGAGUCUCACUGCGCAGAGCCCUCCUGGAACAGAAGAUCGAGGAGGAGAUGGUGACGUUGCAGAACGAGCGCUCGGAGAGAAUCCGCAGCCUGCUGGAGAGGCAGGCACGCGAGAUCGAAGCCUUCGACUCAGAAAGCAUGCGUCUAGGCUUCAACAACAUGGUGCUGUCAAACCUGGCCUCGUCUGACGGUCACAGUCACAGUUAUCCAGGUGGGCCGGGCGCAUGGGGUUCACCUCACAGUACUGGAUCACAGGGGCCACACUGGGGCAGCCAGCAGAGCCAUCAUCUCCACCAUCACCAUCAGCACCAUGCCAGCCAGAGCGGCUCCAUCCAGCAGCCCUGGGGACACAGCGGACAUCCUCCCUGGGGACAUCACGGCUCAGGCGGCAGCCAGCGGUCCAGCGCCGGCGGGGCACGGAACAGCCCUCAGGCGGCACGGAGAACAUCGGCAGGAGGCCGCAGCGAGCAGGGAAUGAGCAGGAGCUCCAGCAUCGCUUCUCAGAUCUCCAACGGCUCGCACCUGUCCUACACAUAAGCCAGCCCGCUCUAACACUCAACCCUCAACACACACACACACACUACACACUACACACAUUGUCUGAGAGGGGCAUUAGGUACACCAAGGUCAGCAAGGAGACACAGAGCCCUGAGUGAUAUUUUCUUUCUCACUCUCCCUCUUAAACAUGAACAUAAAUGCUCCACUAAAAAAAAAAAAUGCACCUUAUAUUUAGAAUCCUCAUUGGGAAAGACUCACAGGUUCAGAUAUAUCUGCAAAUAUCCUAAGUCUAAAGGAUGCACUGUAUAUGGAGCAAAGUCCUUUUAACAGUGCGUUAAUACGAUGACUGGAACGUGACCGUGUGUGUUUACGAAUGUGGUUAAGAUAGAGAGAGGUCUCGUUCGAGCGUUUAUACAAGCAGGGUCAGCGCCGUCCGUCGGUUUUUCACGUUUUGCAAGGACGUAAACAGGCACACUAGUUUUUGUUGUGGUUUUACGGCACAUAAUCAAUCACGUUACAGUUUAAUCAAUAAACUGUAAGCACACGGUAGUCCCUCGGUGUGAACGCGCAAGACGUCCUCGUUUAUGGAAAGUUCUUUGCGUUAAGCGCGGUACGUUUGCUGAGACAGAAACUGCAGCCUGGAUUUUAUCCUCAGAUGGAUGUUUGAUUCCUCAAAGAAUGUAUAGUCUGUUUAUCUUCUCAAUGAGAACCACUGCAGUAAAGCUGUACGGUUUGGUGAUCUGAGAUGAUUGUUUUUAACACUAAGUGUUUUAAGGAAGGGGAAAAAAAGCAGCACAGGAAGCCGACACGAUGCGGAAGGAAAAGUAAUCGCAGACGAUUCGGGAAGCCAGUUGAGUAUUUCUCUAAGUAAUUAGUUUUCUACCUUUGGCCAUAAUAAACCUUAUGAUUUGAAAAUCAUUAAUCCUGAUUGAAAGAUUGUUUUGUUUUGUCUGUGCUAGCCAUCAGGUUUGGUGAGAAUCGCCUGGAGAUCUUCACCGAAACUUGAGAACUAUGGUUAGUUGCUAAGUUGUUUGUUUUUUUUUUAACAGAAGGGCUACAGGAAGCUCAAAAAAUGUGGAAGAAAUAGUGAUGGUCGAAGACAGCGAGUAUUUCUUGAGCUGAUUUUUAAGGAGAGUCUCUAAACACUACAGUACAUCAUGCAGUCAUGGCGUGCCUUAUGACGAACGGCUCAUCUCGCGUACGGAUCCGUGGGAUCAUCGCUUCUGUUUAUAGAACCUGUUACGUACUUAUACAUCACGCUUUAGUUUUAGAUCUAAUUUAUACGUCCAGACUCAUUCUUAUUACAAGCACAAUAACAACUGGGUUCUGUGAAUUGUCCUGGAAUCUUGUUGUGUUUAAAAAAAAAUGUCGUCUUAUAAUAUUUUGCCAGGUUUAAUGGAUUCGAAAUGCUAAACAAGGAAGUAAGUUCAUGAAAAAGUAAAUAUAGUUAUGGCUGAUUUGGGUGAUAAAAGGAGGCAGUUGAUUGUGUGUGUGUGUGUGUGUGUGUUGGUGGUAAUGCGUAUACUUUAUCCAUACUCGUAUAGGAAGAAUAAAAAUAUCUGAUUUUCAGUCAGAUAUUUGAUCCCUAUUCAAAAAGCCAAAGUUCUUUUGACCCCAGCUAUGCAAAGAGGAGUUUUUAGCAGCUGCAAAGACAAAACUAAUCAUCAUGUGCUGCUCUGUGUCCUCUCUGUGUCUCAGACCUACGGUGUGUCCUCUUCUGCCCCCCUCCCAGCUUGGCGUCAGGGCAGUAUAUGUAGGUUUGGGGGUGAGAAGGUCUCUUUCAGGCAGCGAGUACCGCUGCUGUCACCUCCCAUCACCUUCACACUCAUCCAUCCCAAAGCGCCGAGCAUCUCCUGCCUGCUCAACAUCUUCCCUCAACCACCGUUUCUAAUUAUGUGUACAAACAAAAGAUUAAGAAAAACAGAAAGGCAGAAAGCAUUAUAUAUAUAUAUAACAUGUAUUUGGAAAAUAGCGAGGAGACAAGUAUACAUUUAAUUGAGAUGUAUAGAGAAAGUUUGUGUAUAUUGUACAAAUAGAAAAUGUUUUUAAUAAAAUAUUAUAAAUCUAUGAGCCCAAGAGAUACCCAAAUUUAAAACCUGAUAUAAUUAUAAUUAGCUGCUUGAAGGUGUGGGUGAAUAACAAAAAACCCAGUUCUGUCUAAAAAUAUCCAAAGCAAGACAUCACGAUAUCAAGAAAUUCCACCACCUUGCAUCUUCCUUGACGUGAAUAGCUUUUUCAGUCCUACGCUCUAAUUUUACCGAUGGCAACGGAGACAUUUCGUGAAGCUUACUUUACUUUAUCACAUGAGCCAAGGAGAGCUGCCUCAUGUUCAAGGAAAUGCCAUGAAAAUGACGCGUCCAAGACUCUCGGUCCCUUGAAUGCUCGUCUUUGCGGUCGUUUAACGAACAUCUAGUGUUGUAAAUGUCCUCAAGUGUUUUCAUGGCAUCGCUGGCCACAUAGAGAUGUCAACAAACUCGACUUUAAUUUAGCUUAUAUAUUACAAGCUGACUGAGCCAUUGCACUUUCAGGCCUCAAAGGAUUGGGGCCGAAUUUAAAGAGAGAGAGAGAGAGAGAGAGAAGCUAACAUGCCAAAAUCACUUCACAACCUCAUAAAUGCUCGAUCGGAAUCAGGAGAGCAGCCAAAAAAACCCAAAAAUUCAACAGUUUAUUUCACCCGGACACUGACUAAGGUCAGUCGCUCUCAUUUAAGCUCCAGAAGCACGAAGAGGACAGAGGUGCGCCCUCUUGUGGAAGUGUAAUCUCAUGCGUCACAUCGCAGCCUGCAACGUCCCCCUGUUUUAAUGAUCCCUUUAAAA